CCGAGGGGCCCAUCUGCAAAAUCUCUGCAAACCCCCCCCCCCUUCCUCGCCCGUUCGCCUACCUUCGGUUGGGGUGAGCCCCGAGCGCAGCCGAACUAGGGUUUCUUCUCGCCGCCGCCUUCUCGCCUCCACGCCCAGAUUGCCGGCUCUACUUGGUGAGCCGCACCGAUGGCGGAGGAAGCCAAUGGAAAGAAGGAGGAGGAGGAAUUCAGCACGGGCCCUCUGUCAGUGCUGAUGAUGAGCGUCAAGAACAAUACCCAGGUUCUUAUCAACUGCCGGAACAACAAGAAGUUACUUGGUCGUGUGAGGGCAUUUGAUCGGCAUUGCAACAUGGUUCUUGAGAAUGUUAGGGAGAUGUGGACUGAGGUACCAAAGACGGGUAAAGGCAAGAAGAAGGCUCUUCCGGUGAACAAAGACAGAUUCAUAAGCAAGAUGUUCCUCCGUGGGGAUUCAGUCAUCAUCGUUCUCAGGAACCCAAAAUGAGUUGGACGACUUUUGCUACGUUGCUGUCUACUCUGUAUGCCAAAUACUCUAAACAUGGGUGUAUGAGAGACGAUUCCUGAGGCAGAAUUAGCUUUGUCGAUGGUUUGAGUGUUUUAGUUGGAUUCUGUGAUUCACCUGUUUCGUCACUGGUACUUUCUAUUUGGCUCGCACGUACAUCAAUAUAUCGGCUGAAGUCAAAUUUAGAACUCCA